GACAGUACUUGGAUGGAUUUGCACUCAUCUAUUGUGGUUUGUUUUAUUUUAUUUUACUUUAUUUUACUUUACUUUAUUUUAUUUUAUUUUACUUUAUAUUAUUUUACUUUUGUCUCUUCUUCCCUUGCCCUUCUUUCCUUUUCUUUUCUCCUCUCCUCUCCUCUCCUCUCCUCUCCUCUUCUCUUCUCCUUUCCUUUCCUUUCCUUUCCUUUCCUUUCCCUUCAUACCUUACCAAGAAACGAAAUACGAGGCUUGGAUUGAAUUUCUUUCAAACCUUCCGGACGCAUCGGAACAUUCUUUUCUUUCACGCAACACCAGUCUCAGCCACAGCCUUCUUCUUAUUCUCUUCCCCACGUGUACUACUCACGAAUCGGAUUCACCACUGUACUGUUAUGUUAGUAUGGAUGCCACUUUAUUACUCUACUCUGCUGCACGGUACUUGGUUUGGCUACACACCGACGAGAGUUCGUCCUUCGUUCCUCGUUUCUCGUUCCUCCCUCGUCCCUCGAUUCCUCUGUUGCUUUUUGCAUUCUUGGGUUGAGUUCCAAGACUACUCCGCCUCGUUAUCCUGGCUCGCUUUAUAAAACUGCAUUCCCCGCAAGAUCAUCAUCUAGGAUUCCACCUCCACAUCCGCGCCUUCCAUCAAUACGAGAGAAUUCCACAGACUCGUCACUACCUCCCUUGUACAACUCAACCAGCCCGUUACUUGUCGUUCAAUAAACUUCCUCCCUCCACCACUUCAUCAAAACAACACAACAUUUAUCUCCACAGCCAUCAUCCUAUUAUGGUGUGGGUGCCGGUUCCGCUACAAUCACAUCGCUCGUUGGCUUAGUUUUUGGGACUUUUGCUCGCCCCCAGAAAUCAAUCUAGUCGUCCAAUUGUUCACUGUUGAUCUUGGUCCUUGGAAAAUAGAAGACAGAAGUUCAGGGAAAUAAUUCAAUCGUUUAUCAUAUCUCAUCGUGAAUCGUUCUCUGGAUACAAUUUAAUUGAAGGACUUUCUUACUGUCGUUUUCGAGGCUGCAUCUGAAUCUCUCGUCACACUCACCUCUGGUGUGCUUUGGUGUCAAGACGUCAUUGACCCCGGCGCUUUUCCAACCUGACCACCUAUUUAAUAUUCAUUACACAGAACUACACAAACGCAAAUAUCACACUCUUAAUUAUGAAGAUCUCAAAGCCUUUAUCGACUCUGGCUACAGCUUUGAUAGCUGGAAGUCAUGUCGUAAAUGCGAUAGAAGUUGAUCUUGAUUCUCCGGAUUCCAUCAAGUCCGCGGCGAGUUCGAUUGCGUACGAUAUGAUGUCCUAUUACACAGGAAACCAAACGGGUGGCAUACCCGGGAAUUUACCGGCUCCAUAUUAUUGGUGGGAGGCCGGAGCAAUGUUUGGCUCACUGAUUGACUAUUGGUAUUAUACAGGCGAUUCGUCAUAUAACGAUGUUACUACAGAAGCUAUGCUGUGGCAGACGGGACCAGAUUAUGAUUAUAUGACCCCGAAUCAAACAAAAACGGAGGGAAAUGAUGACCAGGGAUUCUGGGGGCUGGCGGCCAUGUCGGCAGCCGAAGUGAAUUUCCCAAAUCCUCCCUCUAAUAGGCCUCAAUGGCUCGCUCUCGCACAGGCAGUUUUCAAUACUCAAGCUCCUCGAUGGGAUGAUAGCACUUGUGCUGGAGGUCUACGAUGGCAAAUCUUUACCUUCAAUAACGGUUACAAUUACAAAAACUCGAUCUCUAAUGGCUGCUUUUUUAAUUUGGGUGCGCGGCUUGCAAAAUACACUGGCAACGAUACAUAUGCACAGUGGGCAGAUAGAACCUGGGAUUGGAUGGAGCACGUGGGACUUAUGGAUGAAAAGUACUACGUUUACGAUGGUUCUGACGAUACUCUUAAUUGCACCAAGCUCAACCAUAUACAGUGGACUUAUAAUGCUGGAGCUUUCCUUCUCGGCGCGGCAAAUAUGUAUAACUAUACUAACGGAAGCGAGAUCUGGCGUGGACGUGUCGAAGGCUUACUAAAUGCUACUCAUGUAUUCUUCGAGGAUAAUGUCAUGAUGGAGGUAGCUUGUGAGAACAACGGAAAAUGCAAUAUUGAUCAACAAUCAUUCAAAGCAUACCUUGCUCGCUGGCUAGCUGCUACAACUAAAAUGGCACCCUUUACUUACGAUGCUGUAAUGCAAUUACUACGCCCCUCAGCCAAAGGGGCUGCUGCAUCAUGCGUUGGAGGCGAUAACGGGCGCACUUGCGGGCUUAAUUGGAGAACGGGGCAAUUUGAUGGAUUUUACGGAGUCGGAGAACAGAUGUCAGCCUUAGAGGUCAUUCAAAGUAAUCUCAUUGCGCAGGUUGCAGGACCAGUCACUAAUACCACGGGUGGAACAAGUAAAGGGAAUCCGACUGCUGGGUCUGGGAAAAGCCCAAAUAGCUAUCAGGCGACAAAACCAGUUACAACGGCUGAUAGGGUUGGAGCAGGAAUUCUUACGACAGUGGUAUUGGUGAUUCUUCUUGGAAGUAUCUGGUGGAUGAUUGUGGAUUAAUGAAAGGAGGACUUAUGAGAGUAUUCUUGUAUAUAUAUAUAUUGGUACUUGGGAUGGACACGAAAUCUUCUACAAUUACGGGUAUUCGAUGCGUCGAAUCUAAGAAUCCUCUGUAAUUUUGGGCGAACGAUGGGAUACGCACUUGGAAUUUUGGAGUUUUUGGGCGUUUAGUAGGAAUUGGAGCGGCACAGGUCUGAUUGGGGUAUGGAUCUGAUAACGGUCUACAUGAUAAAUGAAGGUAUUGGAGAAGGAAAAUUGCGGCUGCGCAUAAUACUUACGUGCAUGGGCUAAGACCAGGAAUCGGAAGUAGAUGGUAAUACUACAUGGGGCACUCGGAAGGUAUAAGGUUUUAAAUCAUCAAAUUUGGUUUGGGCAUAGUUUGAUGGGAUGUGGAGUGAGGAGUAGAAAUGAAUUUUGUAAUCUUUUGGUUCUUAUGAGAAAAGAAAUCAAAAGGGAAUUUUCA